GUUGUAUGCAGAGUUUGUUAGAGCUGGGAACAAGAAAGGAGAUUGAGCUGUGCUCCUCUAAAUAUACAUCAGUGGUAUCGGUGCCCAAAGGAAGGAAAGAGGGUGGAGAGCAGCGACCAGUUUUCUUUAAGGAGAGAUAAUUAAAUAAUAAGACAGCUUCUCUUCUUCUAUAAGCAGUUCACUUCCUGGUGUCUCUCUUUGAUGGCUGCUGAAGAGGCCCAGAAAUCCCAAAUCUACAAGACCAAAUAAAGAAACCCAAACCAUUUCUGCCACUCCUUUACACAAUCUCUUGAUAAGUUGUCCCUCCAUCUGGUGCCAGUUCAAGCCCUGUCUGGAACAUUACUGCAAGCUCUCAUCUCUUUUGGAACAACUUUCAGUUUAACAAAAUAAAAGAAAAGGAAGUUAAAGGACUCAUGAGAAAGUUAAGAUUGCUGUGACCUUGAUAACUGUUUGUGUUCCCUGGGUAGCAGACACUUAAAUGAUGAUCUGUGUGAAGACAACAAAGUUAUUUUUCUUUUCAAGGGUAAGACACAGUGAAACCCAUCAACAAUCAAGUAAGAGCACAGGCAUUUAGGAAACACUCAGACCAGCAUUCUGGAUGUAGUGGAACCCAUAGGACUGGAGUCUACCAAACAAGUACAAUAGUGAAAUUUGGCAAAAAUGGCCUGUGAAUUUAAUCUGAACUUCCUUAAGGGAUUAGAGCGAGACGCUGUUCUGGAAGUCCUAUACCGUGACCAGAUGGUGAGAAAAACAGAAGAGGAAAGAAUAAGGAAAAUGAAGCUGCAGCUGCAGCAACUUCGGUGGAAGGGGGCAAAAACCGCAAGGCGUGAGUACCAGGAGAGAUGCUGUGCUCGCUGUCAGAAGUCGCUGGGGCUGCUGCUGAACAGAGGCGCGGUGUGCAAUGGCUGCAGCCAUCGGGUGUGCUCGGAGUGCCGCGUCUGCCUCAACCCCUGCCUUUGGAAAUGCACCAUUUGCUAUGCUCAUGGAGAUAUGAAAGUGAAGGCUGGUGAAUGGUUCUUUGAGGAACGAGCAAAGAAAUAUCCAGGUGAAGGCAGACAUGAAACAGUUGGUGCAAAGCUCUUGGAAUCUUACCAGAAUCUGAGUAAAAUUUCUGUCGUACCUCCGACUCCACCUCCUUUCACAGAAUCAGCAGCAGGAACCAGUGUGAUGGGAAAUGAACUUGGAGAGUCUAAAAGAUUUAAUAAGUCUGUGGAAAACUUGUUUUUGUCUCUCACAACACAUAUGAAAAAAAUAUCAAAGUCCCAGAAUGAUAUGGCUGACAGAUGUGUCCUAACCACAGAUUAUGGGAAGAAUGUGGAAAGAAGAAAGCAAAGAAGGAGCCAGUCUGACACUGCAAUCAACAUUACAAGCAGGAUGAAAAGUACACCCAGUCUGCAACAGCUCAUCACUGGAGCCCAAGAUGACAGUGAAACUCAGAGCAAAAGCAGUUGCAAGGAGGAAGAAGACAUGACAAUCAGUCCCACAAGUGAUACAGUUUUCUGUGAUGGCAGAAAACAUGGGAGUUUGUAUAGUCUUAGCAGCACUUGCACUGAGUCUGGAAAUUUUGGCAAGGCUAACAUCACAGGAGAAAUAGAGUUUGCCUUAAAGUACAACUUCAGAGCUUGCAUCUUGGAGGUUUGUAUCAAGGGAUGCAAGAACCUGGCUUAUGGAGAAGAGAAGAAGAAAAAGUGUAACCCGUAUGUGAAGGUUUAUUUACUUCCUGAUAAAUCUCCUCAGAGUAAGAGGAAGACAGCUGUUAAAAAGAGCACAGUGGAUCCAGAGUUUGAUGAGACUCUGCAGUACAAGAUGGAAUACUCCCAGCUGAGAAGUCGGCAACUUCAGAUCUCUGUGUGGCAUGCAGGGGCUCUCAAAUACAGGGUGUUUUUGGGGGAAGUGGUGAUUCCCCUGGCAGCAUGGAACUUUGAAGAGGAGUCAAUGCAGUUUGACUGGUACCCACUCAAACCCAAGCUUGAGAAGCCUGAAGAUGAUCUUAUCCAGUACAGUGGUGAGCUCCUCGUGUCUGUAAGGCUGUUGGUACCAGCCCAGUAUCAAAACCUCCAGUCUGAAGGAAACAGAGACCAAGGAGUUCUUAACUGCCAGCUUCAGGUUAUGAUAUUUGGGGCCAAGAACUUGCCUGUGCUGAGAUCUGCUGGAAUGCCAAACUCCUUUGUUAAAGGUUGUCUUAUCCUUCCAGACCAAGCAGAGGUAAAGCAAAAGUCUCCUGUCCUGAAGAAAGAAGUCUGUCCACAGUGGAAACACUUGUUUGUCUUUGAUGGUGUGACUCCAGGUCAGCUACAGCAAUCACGUCUACACCUGACUGUCUGGCACAAGUCAAAUUUCAGUGCAAGUGAUCAGUUCCUAGGAGGAGCCAGGCUUGGUGCAAAGGAAUUCUUUGGCUCUAUGGACCUUCCUUCUCAGGGAGUGCUCCAAUGGCAGGAAGUGCUCCACAACCCAAACACGUGGAUGGACUUCCCACUUGUACUGCAUUCAAAUAAGGAAAACUUUAAAUCAUGAGAGAUUAUCACACAACAACUUUUCCUUUCCCAUGUCCAAAAUGUUUUAAACUGAAAUGGUACAUACACUUCAAGUCUGGGAAAGGUACACUGCAACAGCACCCAUUCUAGUUUUUUUGGGAAUAGAAUUAUGUAUUUGAAUAUAUGUGACAUUCUGAAUGUUUUAUUUCUUCAAAAGUUAAGGCUUUAGCGUGUCUCUAGCUGGAGUGUAAGGAUAAUAUUGUUUCUUCAGGAGUGACGGCCUCAGUUUGGAUGCAUUAUGCUGACAAAGCAACAGGAAAAGGCAAUGUGCAGCUUUCCAUUUGCAGGCCUAGCAGAACUGUUACUAUUUAAUUUAAAUCGCAGCUAGGGCUUCUUCAGAGAAAAUAACCGUUACAACAAUAAAGUUACAUUAUUUCACUCUUGCAUUGAUGUUUUAGCCACAGAAUUCAAAACCAUCUUAUCUUUGUCUGCUGGCUGCAAAUGGGUGAUGGUAAUGCCUCUGUGCUUCAGCAUUAUCUACACUGCCACUUUAUUUCACAUGACCUUA